AUGUAUUGGCGCGGGUGCUCCACUAAGGGGCUAGACCGUCUCGAAUUCACUGCCAUGCUCGUCAUGAUGCUCAUCAACCUUAUUCGUACGCCAUUUACAAAGGUCGAGGAAAGCUUUAAUAUUCAAGCCGUAUUCGAUUUGAUCUAUAAGGAUUGGUUUUACGUCUCCAAGUUUGAUCAUGUCGAGUUCCCGGGCGUCGUUCCACGGACUUUCAUCGGCCCUAUAAUUCUAUCUACAGUCCCACGCCUGAUGAUUUUCCUCUUCCACAUCUCCCAGUACACUGCAUUGCUUGUCGCUAGAGGCACCCUUGGAUUCUUCAUUGUCCUAUCCCUUUACGCGAUACGAACAUCGCUCUCCUGGCGAUUCGGGCGUCUUUCUGCGAUUAUCUUCACAGUCUCUACGCUAUCGCAGUUUCAUCUUAUGUUCUAUGCUAGCCGCACGUUGCCCAACGUCUUUGCUUUGAUUCUCAUGAACUUUGCGUUUGCCGAUCGCGUGAGGCCGGCCCCCUUCUCUCAGCCGUACAGAAGCAUUGUCAUUAUGUCGAUAGCGUGCGCUCUAUUCAGGUCGGAGCUCUGCCUGUACAUUUUUUCCACACUAAUUGUUGAUCUGUAUUGUAAGAAUAUUGAAAUCGGCCGAACCAUCACCUAUGGACUGAGCGCAGCGGUCGGAACAGCCUUAACCUCAAUUUUAGUCGAUUCUUACUUCUGGCGGAGGCUUUGUUACCCUGAACUGGAAGUGUUCUACUUUAAUGUCGUCUUGAAUAAGAGUUCAGACUGGGGAACACUUCCCUUUCACUGGUAUUUUACGAACGCUAUUCCCCGCGCCCUUGGGGCAAACCUCGGUGGCCUUUUCUAUUCGGUAUUCGUGCCAGGAGCAAGGGCUCCUUUGGUACUGGCAUUACCGGCGUUUUUGUUCGUGGGUCUGUACUCCUUCUUGCCUCACAAGGAAUUGAGAUUUAUUUUCUAUGUCAUUCCCGUGCUGAAUAUGUUGGUGGCGUAUGUUGUGCCGUACGUUGUCAAAGAAGUAUUUCAACCACAUCCAACUCAUCAUCACAAGAAAGACGACGAUACAUCAUAUGAGACUACGGCAUCGCACGGAGCACUGAGGCUAGAGAGAAAACGCAAAUUGCAGCGUUUAAUACAUCGCACAGCAUGUAUUUGCAUUAUGCUCAGUGUGAUCGUAGGCAUCCUGGUCAGUUGUGUGCAGACAUUAGUGUCGUGGCAAGCUUCUUAUUUGAACUAUCCAUCCGCAAAAGCAAUGCAACGACUCCACAGUCUCGAAAACGCGAUGUACAGAGGGAAGCUGCCUCAGUGGUCAACUGCGGCGCAUGGCGGGGAUGACAUAAAUCAAAGGAUUCUUUGUGAAGAAGAUCCGCGAACAUCUGCACUAGUUCACAUCGAUGCAAGGUCAGCAAUGAACGGCAUAUCGCAGUUCUUGCAAAGCAGUGAUGAUGGAAGCUGUCCAAGAUGGAGAUAUUCGAAACGGGAAGACAUUGGCAACAUCGACUGGACGGAGUUCACGCACCUCAUAUCUGAGAAGGAUCACGUAGAGGGCUUUUGCCUCAUCCAUAUUGAAUCCAGCUUUGCAGGAAUAGACUGGCAAAAGGCAAAGAUACGUCUCAAGGCGCACACAUUUGUUCAUAGAAAUAUGAAUAUUUCUUUAGCAAGUUGCCAAACUACAGACGGAAGCGGUUCGAAAGAGAGACCUCCGAGAACGACGCGGUGA